GUGGGAGGGAGGGAAUGAUGAGGAUGAGGAGGAGGAGAAACUUCUGAGGUUGCCCCCCCUCCUCCUGACGGGCCGUGUGGGGAAUGGGGGAGCAUCAGGCGGCGGGUGGCACCGGGUGCCCGGGCGGUGAAGGCUGGCUCCUGGGCGGCCCCUCCGCUGCCCCUGGGAACAGUGAGGAGGAGGAGGAGGAAGAGGAGGAGGAGGAGGUGUCGAAGCCGCCGGCGGAGAGCGAUGCCCCGCGCCAGGCGUCUGUUGACCGGCACGGCGUCCCCAGGCAGCCCAAGAGGAGGCACCGGAGGCGGCCGUCCAAGAAGAAGCGUCGCUGGAAGCCUUACUUCAAGCUGUCGUGGGAGGAGAAGAAGCAGCUGGAUGAGAGGGAGAGUGUGCGGGCGGCCAAGACCCGCGCCGAGAUGUUCGCCAAAGGCUUCACUGUGGCCCCCUACAACACCACCCAGUUCCUCAUGGAGGAACACAACCAGGAGGAGCCCGACCUCAACACCGGCGUGUGCCCCAAGCGCGUCAACAAGUCAGACGAGACAAGCGAGGAGGAAGAGCUGGACGAGGAGGAUCAGGACAGCGGCAGCGACGGCAUGGGAGGCAACGGCAGCGAAUUCCUGCAGAGGGACUUCUCCGAAACUUACGAGAAGUAUCACGCAGAGAGCCUGCAGAACAUGACCAAGCAGGAGCUGAUCCGGGAGUACCUGGAGCUGGAGAAGUGCCUGUCGAGGCUGGAGGACGAGAAGAAUCGGCUGAGGGGCCGGCUCGAAGGCAUGAAGGCGGCCAGGAGCGCAGACGCUGCGGAAAUACAAAUGAAAGAGAUCGAGCACGAAGUGGAGCUGUUGAAGGCUGAAAACGAGAGACUGGAGAAAGAAAACGAACAGUAUAAACAAAGAUGUUUGGAGAACGGAGAGUAAAACAAGUUCGGACAUUAAGUUGAUGUUAUGUAAAUAUUUUAAUUGAUGUAAGCGUUUUAUAAAAAUGCAUUGGAAGAACACA